AUGGGAUGGCUUGAAAUUAUGCAGAAUGCCGUAGAUAUCCGAGGGGAAGGUCUUCAACCUGAGUACGAGUCAUCAAUGUGGAGCUAUGUCUAUUUCAUUAUCUUCAUCGUCGCUGGUAGCUUCUUCUGCCUCAAUCUGUUCAUUGGUGUGAUCAUCGACAAUUUUAAUCAGCAAAAAGUCAAAAAGAAAUCAAACGGUUUCGACGACGGCGUUUUCCUUACAGACGAGCAAAGACAGUACUACGACGCAAUGCGAAAGAUGGCAGCAAAAACGCCGAAAAAACCAAUUCCACGGCCGAAGAAUAAAUUCGCAGCGGCAAUUUACAAUUUAGUAACCGAUCGAAGAUUCGAACUCGCGAUCAUGGUGGCAAUUUUGUUGAACAUGGUUGUGAUGGCUAUUGAAAGUCAUGACGCCUCGGAUAAGACGAUAUUUGUGCUGGAGCAGCUAAACAACAUCUUCGUCGGCGUCUUCGGUGCUGAGGUCAUUCUGAAGCUCAUCGGCCUAAGACAGCACUACUUUACUGUUCCUUGGAAUGUUUUUGACUUGGUUGUUGUGGUGGUUUCCGUCAUCGCAUCUGCUCUGUCCGACCUCAUCUCGCAUCUCAUUCAGCCAACAAUUUUCAGGAUUGUCAGACUCUUCAGAAUUUCUAGAGUCUUGAGGCUUAUCAGGGAGGCAAAAGGAAUAAGAACGCUACUGUUUGCGCUCAUGAUGUCGUUACCAGCUCUCCUCAACAUCGGAAUGUUACUCUUCCUGGUCAUGUUCAUGUUUGCGAUUCUCGGAAUGAGUCAAUUUGCUUACGUCCAGAAAAAGGGAGGAAUCGAUGACAUGCUCAACUUCGAGACUUUCCCAAACGCCUUCUUGCUACUCUUUCAAGCGUCGACCGACCCUCACAAAGAAGGUAUCAAUAACCCUGUCAAGGGAAAAGGCAACUGUGGAAACUCGACAAUAGGCAUCACCUACUUUAUCGUCUUUGUCUUCAUUACCUUCCUCAUCGUCGUCAACAUGUACAUCGCCGUCAUUCUCGAAAACUUUGACGUAGCAACGAGAGAAAAUGCAGAGCCUCUAACGGCUGAUGAUUUCGAACAGUUCUUCGAAGUUUGGCAAAAGUUUGACGACAAGUUGACCCAGUUGAUCUCGUACGACCAGCUUCAACUGCUGCUGCAUCAGCUUGACAUGCCAUUGAAGGUGCCAUUCCCGAAUCGCCCAUUCAUAACACACUAUGAAAUGCAAAUGACAUCCGACGGUCAAAUCCACUGUCUUGAAGUCAUCAUUGCUCUCAUCAAAAAAGUGCUUGGUGAUUCCCCAGCUCUCAAUGCCAUGAAGGCGGCGAUGGUUCAAACAUUCCAAAUGAAGUGCAAGUCCACAGUGCAGUAUGAGCCGGUGAUGACGACGAUGGAAUACGCUAGAAUGGAUAGAGCCGCGAAGACCAUUCAAAACGCCUGGAGAGAGUGGUACUAUGAACAGGGAGGAAGAGAGCUGAGGGGACCAGUAACAACGAGAAAUCAAAUUGCUCAAAAAUUUGAAAGUCUUCUGCGGCUCAGUUCUGAUACCAAGCCUUGCAUAAGAUCUGCUAUUUCUCUUCCAAACAUGCAAGUUCUUCGUAGAGAAGAGCACAAAUUGAAAAUCAACCCUCUGGAAAAACGAUCGUUAGAUUCUCUUAUCAAAGGUCUAAAAAGCAUAAGAGAUGAAGAAGACGACUUCCAGUACACAGAAUCCAAUCACCACAAUGCCCAGCAAAAUCGCUCAAGCAACACCGGUUUCGGCAAUGAUUUGCGAAAGAAAACGUUCAACAAACCCCAUCACUUCGACAAGGCAAAUGACGUCCUGAUGUGGGUUGGAGAGAAAAAGCCUGGAAUUGGCUACGAGCCACUUCCUGGCCAGAAAAAGGAACACUACUCGCAGUUUCCUCCAGGAGCCGGAGAAGUCCAACCAGCAUGGAUUGCCUACGACAAGAGAGUACUUUCCUUUGAUGGUUUUUUCGUAGAGGUUGUGAUUAAUAACAACAGCGAGUCUUUCCGAAUCCGCCCGGUGAAGGUUUACUUUUAUUUGGAAGACGACACGGUGCAAGUGAACGAACCACUCGUCGAAAACUCUGGGCUCACCCAAGGAUGCUUCAUCCGUCGCCACCGCAUCCCUCUUCCCGGGAAUUCCGAAAAAUUCUUCACUUGCGAGCAGUUCAACGUCGGCGCCACUUUGCCCCUUUACGGCAAAUCGAUCCAUCUCUGCUCUUGCGAUAAGUUUACUCAUGAUUUUUUGACAUCCAUGGGCGUUACUGUCGGCCAGUCGACGGAAAUCCCUGUUGAUGGAAACACCAUUAAAAGGAUGGAAGAAAUGAGUCUUCAGAAACCCCUGAGACCCUUCAUGAAAGAACCAAUUCCGGAGAAAAAAUCAGCAUACUCCGAUGAACGAGUUUUACCACCCUACAACGGAUUCGGAAUCUACGAAGAUACAGUCCAAAACUGCAAAAGCCUCCUUCCACAGCCGCCGAAAAAGGAUUUCGUCAAAUUCAUGAAGCUCGACAGGAUGCGAAUGGAAACACCUGGCCAGGACAAAUUCUCCGGCGCCUCCCGGAAUUUCUAUGGCUUGGAAGACUUCUACGUCGGUGCCGAAAUAUGCGUCAAAGGAACCACAUUCCAACUCGUUGGCGCUGAUGCAUAUGGUCAGUCGUGA